AUGUCGCACCAAUCCAACUCAUCUUCCUUCAAGACCAUGUCUGAUUCCUCUAGCUCUGAAUCAUGCAACCCUAACAGGGAAGAUCCUGUUGCUGACUCUGCGCAUACCUCACAUGCAAGAAGACCUAAAGAAAUUGUCUCAGGCUUCUCCUCAGCAAUCACACUUGAUGAACAAAUCAGAGAAGGCUCCAGGUAUGUUCACAAUGCCAUUGCAACUAUGGUGACUGGAAUACUGUCUGGUAAUCAUAGGGUUCUUGGGGUUUCCAUUCCCUUAAACACUAUUGUACCUGAUAAUGUUGCUUGUCAAGAAAAUACAGUCUCCUUAGGAAAGAAUGUAUCUGAUGAUGCUGAGCAAACUGAUGCUCAUGAGGGGUCAAAUAUGGACAAACCCUUAGAUAAUGUGGGUGGUGAGGAAGUCCGUGUCACUCAUGAUGUCAGUGACAACCCUAACUGUGAAGCUGAAACAGUAGACCUGGAGGAAUUUUCUGAUAAUGAGUUGUUGACCUCAGUGGCAGAGAGUUCCCUCAAGAGGAAAGGUCAUGGUCCAAAAAAAUCUUGGAGCAAAGGGGUGCCCAAGAAAAUGAAGACCAAGUCUGCUGUUGUGGAGUCUGACUCAGAUGUUCCACGUGAUGUCACUGCCUCUCGGUCAAAGAAGAAGCCAACCACUAGCAAGCUUGCAGCCAGUGUCCCUGAGGUACCAAUUGACAACAUAUCGUUCCAUUUUGCUUCAAGUGUAAACAGGUGGAAAUAUGGUUAUCAGAAGAGGCUGGCUUUGGAAAGGGAAUUGGCUCAGAAUGUCCUGGAAUGUAAGGAGAUUAUGGCCCUUAUUCAAGAGGCAGGUUUAAUAAAAACUGUGACUCAGUUCUCAAAAUUCUAUGAGAUGUUAGUAAAGGAAUUUAUUGUCAAUGUGUCUGAAGAAUGUGUUGAUGGAAAGUCUAAGGAAUUCAGAAAAGUAUAUGUGCGAGUCAUCACUGCUAAUCAAGUCAGGAAGUGGCCUCUCAAAGGUAAGUUGGUGGCCAGCAAACUAAGUGUCAAGUAUGCAAUGCUUCACAAAAUUGGAGCUGCUAACUGGGUGCCCACCAAUCACAAAUCUACAGUGGCUGUAAUGCUUGGAAAGUUCAUAUAUGUUGUUGGAACCAAAGCCAAUUUUGACUAUGGAUCCUAUAUUUUUGAUCAAACCUUGAAGCAUGCAGGAAGCUUCAGUGUGAAGGGGCCUAUAGCCUUUCCUUCCCUCAUAUGUGGUAUUGUGUUGAAUCAAUUUCCAAACAUAUUAACAGAGAAUGAUUCUGUGAAGAGAAGAGACAACCCUUUGGCCUUCAAUCAUAAAUUGUUCCUAGGUACGCAUGUUCCUGACAUUGCCAUGGCAACAGGAGAGACAUCAAGUGUUUGCAAUCAACCAGGUAAAGUUGAUGUCAUUGCAAUACUCAAAGAAACGUGCAAGGAGUUAGAGGCAAGGAAGCUCACUUUAGAAAAUUUGAUUAUCAAGUUGGAGAUGACUGAAUGUGAUGUGCUUGGUGAAGCUGCUGAUGCUGCAGAAGGAGCUGCAAGACAAAGUGCAGAGGGAGAAGAGGAUGUCAGUCCUGAUGAUGGCACUGAUGAUGAUGCUGACUCUGAGUCAGAUGAAUAG